CGGUUGGGAGCGUGCUUAAAGAUAGCCUCUGGGGAUAUUAGAGCAGCACACACCCCUGCAGCCCGCUCAGAGAAACUCCCCCUUCAGCACUCUGGACAGAGGCAGCACUGACCGCUGGCUGUUUUGGUUGAAGUUAAGUUUCAGGCUGCAGGCUCCCAGUCUGGUCAGCUGACGCGGCUAAUGGUCAGCCACUUUCUCCACGGCCACCCACUCCUCAGCGCCAACUCAUCAAACCAGACACCAGAGAGCAACUUGAUGAAUAUUCAUAGGUUCCGCUCUGGGAGGCCGACGAAAGGAAAAAGGUCGACAAAAGUCCGUUUGAACGUUCAUCUGAAUCAAGCUCGAAUAGACUUCAAGUCUGUCUCAAGAGGAUAAAGCUCCCAAGAAGAAGCGGGGUGGAAUCCGAGUAUAAUUAGAAGCUUGAAAAGUUUUUUUCUUCUUCUUUUUUUCAUUUGAUAUCAAAAACUUUCUGCACCGUUUUCUUCACUUGGACCAUCUUCAGAAUGCUGCUGGAACACCCGGGGUCAAGUUGUCAAAACGCUGGGAAUUUCUCUCGCUACAAUUCAGGCCAAGAAAUCCCAGUGUGCGCAGGCUGCAGUCAGCACAUCGUGGACCGGUUCAUCCUCAAAGUGCUGGACCGCCACUGGCACAGCAAGUGCCUGAAAUGCAGCGACUGCCAGGCGCAGCUGGCGGAGAAGUGCUUCAGCAGGGGAGACAGCGUGUACUGCAAAGACGACUUUUUCAAGAGAUUCGGGACCAAAUGCGCGGCCUGUCAGCAAGGUAUUCCGCCCACACAGGUGGUGAGGAGAGCGCAGGACUUCGUUUACCACCUGCACUGUUUCGCCUGCAUCGUGUGCAAGAGGCAGCUGGCCACAGGUGACGAAUACUACCUGAUGGAGGACAGCAGGCUGGUCUGCAAAGCCGACUAUGAGACCGCCAAGCAGAGAGAGGCGGACUCAACUGCAAAAAGGCCGCGCACAACCAUCACAGCUAAACAACUGGAAACACUGAAGAACGCUUACAACAACUCUCCAAAACCAGCCCGGCACGUCCGGGAGCAGCUCUCAUCAGAGACAGGCCUGGAUAUGCGGGUUGUGCAGGUUUGGUUUCAAAACAGGCGAGCUAAAGAGAAAAGGCUGAAGAAAGAUGCUGGGCGGCAGCGGUGGGGGCAGUACUUUCGCAACAUGAAGAGAUCAAGAGGCAGCUCCAAAUCUGACAAAGACAGCAUCCAGGAGGAGGGCAUGGACAGUGAUGCUGAGGUGUCCUUUACAGAUGAACCUCCCAUGUCAGAGCUUGGCCACACUAACAGCAUUUAUAGCAGCCUGAGUGACUCCUCUCCGGCUAUGGCAGGUCGCCAAGGCGGUAACAGCCACGGCUCCUUUCCUCUGGAACAUGGCGUCCUCCCUUCCCAAGACCAGUUCCAUGAUAUCCGCUCCAACAGCCCCUACGUCCUCCCCCAGUCUCCCGGGUCCCUUCAGGCACUACCCAGACACCAGCCUCUCAUCUCAAGCCUCGUGUACCCGGAGUCCGGCCUCUCCAUCAUGAGCCAAGGCGGAGGACCUGGCAUCAACCCGGCUGUGAGGGUCUCCAUGGGAGCUGCAAAUGGCCCCAGCUCGGACCUCUCCACCGGCAGCAGUGGUGGAUACCCAGACUUUCCCGCUAGUCCAGCGUCCUGGUUAGACGAGGUGGACCACGGACAGUUCUGAUUGGUGAACAAAAAAAACUCUCUUAUUUGCGUUUUUGGUCAUGUCUUCUGGUGCAUUUCCCAGGAGGACGAUGGCCGCAGAGGACACUGAUCAUGUAAAAGAGUAGCCUGCUGUCACUGGUUCUCGGAAAAAUCUGACAUGUUGAUAGAUUCGAUGUUUAUGGACUUGAUGGAAACAAGUAGGGAAAUGUUGAUUUUAAAGCACUUGGCCUGCUCACUGUCUUUCAGUUUUCAGAUGUCAUGCAAAAAACAAGAAGUUGAAGUCACAGAUAUUACUAUUAACUUUUUUUAAAACCACAAACAGCACUGACAAAGACUGAACAUAUUUACAAAAUCAAUACUGGGAUUUUCAGAAAUUCUCAUUCAUUCAACUCCCAUCACGACAUUCUUUGUUAACAGGUGUUUUCAGGUGAAGCAUUCAGUUCAACCCUCAAAGUCUUUAAAUGUCUGGUUGUUGCCAAAUGUCUAUAUAUAUGUACACAUAUAUAUAUAUGAAUAUAUAAUGGUUUAUCAUUGUGGAGACUUUAUUUUUAUACAAACACCUUCUUGGACAUAAAUAAGAAGCUGGGCAUGAAGACUUUGUACAUUCUUGAACAGGGAUUUAGACAUAAAUGUAGAUUUUGUCUCGAUACCUAGGGGUCCAAUUACUUCUAUGCAUUUGUGUGUCCUAUGAUGUAUUUUGUUCGUUUUGUUCUACCACCCCAAGGCAGACAUGUAGCAUCUGGGGGUUCUGAUGUAUAUGUUUGUUUCUGUGGAAAAUGUUUUAUGUAUUAUUUAUUCCCUCUGGUAAUGAUGAUGAUUCAUAAUUAAAUGGCAA